CCUGCCAGUGCCCAUCAAUGACACAUAUCAGUGCCCAUCUGAGCUGCCUUUCGGUGCCGCCUAUCAGUGCCAUCAGUGCCUCCUCAUCAGUGCCCAUCACUGCAGCCUCAUUAGCGCACAUCAGUGAAGGAGAAAAAUCACUUAUUUACAAAAUUUUUUAUAACAGAAACUAGGAAAAAAACUUUUUUUCAAAAUUUUCAGUUGUUUUUGGUUUGUUUAGCAAAAAAUUUAAAACUCAGAGGUGAUUAA